GACUUUUAAACAGGAUGUGACUGGUAACCCCAGGGCAAUGUUAAAGCUCAUGAAUAGUGCUGAUGUGGCCAAGCACACUCUCUCCACCCUGGGCAGUGCAAACUGCUUUGUGGACUCGCUCUACGAUGGCAUGGAUUUUGAGUGCCAUGUCUCAAGAGCCCGUUUCGAGCUAAUAUGCUCCAGCCUCUUUAAUAAGAGCAUUCAGCCAAUUAAAGGUCUUCUUGAGCAAGUAAACCUGUCCACUUCUGAUAUCAACAAGGUGGUUUUAUGUGGAGGAUCAGCUCGUAUCCCGAAGUUGCAACAGAUGAUCAGGGAUUUGUUCCCAGACGUGGAGCUGCUGAACUCCAUCCCACCGGAUGAGGUGAUUCCGGUCGGCGCUGCCAUGCAGGCGGGCAUCCUGGUCGGAAAAGACAGCCUGGCACUUGGAGAAGAUUCCAUCACUGUGGACUGCUGUGCCAGCGACAUCACUGCUAAGGAAGUGGAUGACUCCGGAGCGGAGGUUUUCACAGUUUUGUUUCCUUCUGGCACACCUCUCCCUGCCCGCCGCCAGCACACACUGCAGGGUCCUGGCAGUCUGUCGUCAGUGAGUCUGGAUCUGUACCAGGCACAGCGACCAAUCGCACAGAUUGUACUUAGAGACUUGGAACCUAAAGAGGAGCUGCAUGACAUUGUCACAGUGCUGACCAUGAAGAGGUAA